AUGGGUUGCACUCAAAGUGAAAUCGCUCCACAAAAUGAAACUCCAAAAAAGGGAUGCACUGAUGUGUUGUGGCUCAUUAUUUACGUUAUAUUUUGGAUAUUAAUGAUUAUAAUAGCUGCAAUUGCCUUUGUGUAUGGAAACCCACAACGACUUAUAAAUGGCUAUGAUUCAUUUGGUAACACAUGUGGUGUAAAAAAUAAUAAGAAGUUAAUAAACUUUCCUCUAGCUGGUAUAAGUACUGCAGAUAAAAAUUAUUUAUUCUUUAUGGAUGUAAAGGAACUGCGGAGAUCACUAAAGAUCUGUGUAAAACAAUGUCCAAAUAAAAAAAUGGAAUCCUUCGCUGAUAUACAAAAUUUCUAUAAAGAGACUGGGUCAAAUUUAUGUAGAUAUGACAUAAAUUUAAAUACUACAACAAAUACAAAUGGCUUAAGCAAUUACAUAGGACCGUGCCCCGUGUUUCCAGUUUAUGAUUCCUUCCCCCUUUUAAAUAGAUGUUUUCCAAAGUCUGCUAAAGAUGUAGCACAGAAAGUCUUUACGGACUUCUAUGAUCUACUCAACAGUUGGGAUACUAUUGAGCAAAUGUUAUCUGAUAUCUAUAAUUCAUGGAAAGAAAUGAUCAUAUGUGUCAUUAUAGCAUUUAUAUUUUCUCUCAUAAUGGUCUCAAUUUUGCAUUUGCUGGCUACAUUAGUUUCUUGGAUAUUUAUGAUAGUAGUAUCUAUAGCUAGUGUGGCAGGAACUGCCUUACUGUGGUACACAUAUCAUGAACUUAGAACAAAGCAGAGGGAUUUUUCUGACAGUACUGUAUUUCUGGCUGAAUCACUGAAAAAUGAAAAGGCUUUUCUGUGGUACUCUAUUAUAGCAACUAUAAUUACAGUAAUUCUUCUGCUUCUAGUAUGGGUGAUGCGUUCAAGAGUUUCAUUUUUAGCAGCUUUAUUCAAAGAAACAGCGCACUGCCUCGGAUCAAUUCCAGCACUGUUCUUGCAGCCAAUAAUAACAUUUUUCUUUUUGGUUCUAUUUUUCACUUUCUGGUCAUUCGUUGUUGUAUGUUUAGCGACUGCAAACUAUCCCGGGAUACCAUAUAAGACAAACUUCCUAAUAAAUGGUACUUCUGUACCUGACCAUGUUGAUAAAACAAUUCAAGCUCAGAAUUAUAAUGAUAGCGCCACAUUAAAAAAUCAGAUUCAGUUCGACCCGAUGUGGGUGAAGAGUAUGUGGUGGAUGUGCCUGAUAUGCCUCGUUUGGGGCAGUGAGUUCAUUCUUGGCUGUCAACAGAUGACGAUAGCCGGUGCUGUCUCCCAUUGGUACUUUAGAGGCCCGAACGCUAAUCCAUCGCCUGUCCUAUAUUCAAUUGGUAAACUUUUGAAAUACCACUUAGGAUCUGUGGCGAAGGGCUCCUUCCUAAUCACAUUGUUCAAGAUACCGCGGCUUAUUCUCACCUACCUCCAUGCUAAACUGUCAUCGAGAGCAGAGAAAGGUUCAGAGUGUGCUAAAUGUGGACUUAAGUGUGGGAUCUGCUGCUUCUACUGCUUGGAGAAGUUUAUUCGCUAUUUGAACCACAACGCGUAUACUAUUAUCACUAUUGAGAGGUGUCACUUCUGUAAGGCGGCUGCAAAGGCCUUCAGUACUAUAGUGAACAAUGCCCUUCAAGUGGCCACGAUAAACAGCGUUGGUGACUUCAUACUGUUCCUUGGCAAGUGUAUAGUGACUGCGGUCACUGGUAUCAUCGGCCUUCUGUUACUCAAGAGGAAUUCUGACCUGCAUUUCUUUGCUAUUCCCACUCUCGUUAUAUGUAUCUUCUCCUUUUUCAUCGCGCACUGUAUUCUUUCGCUUUAUGAGAUGGUCGUGGAUUCACUAUUCCUGUGCGUGUGUGAAGAUCGCAAUUUGAACGGCAGCGAUGGUCGGUGGAAGAGCUCCCGCCUCGCGGAAUUGGGCGGUCACAAAUCCCGUGAGGAACAAGAUGGCGCCGAGUUGGAAGAUUUGCAGGAAAAGUGA